UAAAGCGGACUAUCCAUUGUACAACCCAUCCCGGUGACGGCCAGUAAACCCUAUGGAGACGUGGAGGCAGCUAAGCCAAGACAAGGAAUACGAAUGCAAGCUAUUAAGACGGGACGUCGGGAUAAGCAGGGAUCAACCAAAGCCGUGCAGUCUGAAAGCUACCCAGGACCAGCGAUGGGCAUCGAAUCCAAUGGAGAUGUAGAAUUCGACCAAGGCAUCAACGACCAACGGAGAGCAUCAGGACCACGAGGACAUCGCGGGAGUCGAGGGGCGGACUCCGGGAUCCGAAGACUUCGGGGUCCUGAACCUCCAGGAUUGGAGGACAUCGAAUUCCAGGAUCUCCAGGUACGAAUACUUCGAACUUUGAAGGCUUCGAAGUUCGAACAUCACGGGGUGCGAGACCUCGAAAUUGGUAAGUCUGUGGGGUUCAACGUCGCGAUAAGAAGUCUUUGUACUUCAGGGUUUCCAGGGUUCGAAAAUCCAGGGGAUGGAAAACGUCAGAGGUUCUUUGGCGUUUUCUCUCUUCGAAAUUUUCGAAUUUUGGGCACUUGGAAAAGUGCGAAACUUCUAAUCUCGGAACAUUGAACUUCACAGAUACUCCAAUUUCGAAAUCUUUGUACGUCGGGAUCUUCAAACUUCGAAGUCUUUGAAAUUCGAAGUAAUCGCACUUGGAAUCCUGAAAUGUCGACGUCCACCAACCUUGGAGUUUCUGGACCUCGAAGACUCCGGAUCCCGGAUCGGGGG